AUGGAUACCUAUUUGUAUCGCUUCAUAUUCGUGCGCUUCCUUUUUCUUCUCUCAAUAUUGUUCCUUGUUUUACUCAUUGCCUCUUUGUCUUCUUUGCAGCCACUUUGUCAUGAUGAUGAGAGAUCUGCCUUGUUGCAAUUCAAGGAUAGCUUUAUCCUAAACAAGUCUGCUUCUGCUGAUCCUUCUGGGUAUCCUAAGGAUGUUGCAUCAUGGAGUCUAGAAGGAGGGAAUAGUGAUUGCUGCUCAUGGGAUGGGGUUGAUUGCAAUGAGGACACGGGUCAUGUGAUUGGCCUUGACCUCAGUAGCAGCUUUCUCUAUGGUUCUAUUUAUUCCAGCAACAGCCUCUUCCGCCUUCUUCAACUUCAAAGGCUUAAUCUUGCUGAUAAUGACUUCAACGACUCUCAAAUCCCAUUCAAAAUUGGCAAUUUUUUGAGGUUAACCUAUCUGAACCUCUCCUACUCUUUGUUUUCUGGACAAAUCCCCUCAGAGCUCUCACAUCUCAACAAGCUGUCUUCCAUCGAUCUGACUCUUAAUUAUGGUUUAUAUACUCUAAGUGAAUUCAGAAGUCUAGUUCAAAACUUCACUACCCUGGAAGAGCUUUUACUCUCUGACAUCAAUUUCUCGUCCUCUAUACCUGAAAGUUUGGUAAAUUUAUCUUCUUUGACAACACUACAUCUAGAAAAUUGUGAAUUGCAUGGGGAAUUCCCAACAAGAAUUUUUCAGCUACCAAACCUACGGGAUCUUAGGAUAGGAUGGAAUCCGAAUCUCACUGGUCAUUUGCCUGAAUUUCACCUAGGCAAUCCCCUUCAGGUGCUAAGUAUCAGACGAACAACUUUUUUUGCUUCAGUUAGAUCUAUCCCACCUUCAUUGAGUAAUCUCACCCAACUCACUUACUUAGAUCUUUCAAGAAACAAUCUUACAGGCCACAUCCCUUCUUCCGUCUUUGCUAACCUCACUCAACUAACUCUUCUGGAUCUUUCAUACAAUAAAUUGAGUGGGACAAUGGAGUUUGACAUGUUUCAUAAGAUCAAAAGUUUAAGUGUGCUUAGGCUAUCAUCCAACAAUUUGACAUUGCUCCCACCUUCAUUGAGUAAUCUCACCCAACUCACUUACCUGGAUCUGUCAAGAAACACUCUUACAGGCCACAUCCCUUCUUCCGUCUUUGCUAACCUCACUCAACUAACUUUUCUGGACCUUUCAUACAAUAAAUUGAGUGGGACAUUGGAGUUUGACAUGUUUCUUAAGAUCAAAAGUUUAAGUGUGCUUAGGCUAUCAUCCAAUAAUUUGACAUUGCUAACCAAGGCCAACUCAAAUGAUACUCAUCCACAGUUUCACACUCUAGAAUUGGCUUCUUGCAACUUACGGAAGUUCCCAGAUUUCUUACACAGCCAAAACAAAUUGAGUUGGCUCAAUCUAGGAGGCAACAAUCUUGAUGGCCUAACAAUAACAAGCUGCAAGGAUCACUCCCAAUUCCACCACCAUCUAUCCAGUAUUAUCGAGUUCAAAGGAACUUGA